AUGAACACAUGGAGACAUCAACAUAUCUACUCCACCCAUCCGACAAUAUGGGUCGACCUGAUGAACCGUAGCACCCAGGACUGGGGCGUGGGCUACCUCCCCAUGAAUGUGUUCGCUACUAAUGGUUCCCUCAAGAACGGCUCGGCCGAUAUUCCCGCUGACCCGAGGGCGUUCAUCAUCGUCCACGCCGGCAAUGGCUACACCAGCGGGUCACCAACACCUCAGGUGGUAUUUGGCAUCGUCUCUUUCAUUGCUAUCGUCCUUACCAUCCUACUAUCAUGGUAUAACUGGAGCACCAUGGUUACUCCGUCGAAUCACGGCAUGUUAUCGUGGAUCACGGAGCCAGGCUACCAGCUCAGCUCGACGCGAGCCACCCAUCAUAGCGCCCGCAACACCGUCACAACAGGCGUCGCCGCCGGCACGAGCGCCGUGGACGAUAUUGAGAUGACGGCGAACGAUGGCCUGCAGUCGACGGCCAAGUUCGCCGACAUGGGACGCGUAGGCACGUCGGCCAGGCUUUUCCAGAGGCAGAUAAUGCAGUACUAUUACGAGCCAGUUGUGACGGAGCUGGAGCUGGAUGUCAAGCAGCCCGGUGAGGACGUCGACGAUGACGACAUAGAGGAGGUCAUCACGCUUGCGCGGCGCAUGCUGAAAUUCGACAAUGACCUGUGGAGCAAUCGCAGCACGCUCGGCUAUCGCGAGGCGACGCGCCAUAGGAUCGCGGAGAAGCGCGAGGCCAUCACGAAGGACAUCAAGGACACUGUUAGCGGCUGGGCUCGGGCGAGGUGGGAUACCGACGAGCGAGAGCAGCUCACGAACAUCAUGGACACGCUUUACAUUGAAGAACAGGAAACAAUCGAUACGAGGGAUGAGGGGAGGCAAAGGCACAGGCUGUCCACAGCCCGCACAGAAAGGAUGCGGCGCUGGCUAUCUCAGCGAUCUCGUACACAGUAA